AAAAAGAAGAUAAUAGAGUUAGAGAAAACCGAGUUCGCCCUAGCCUCUCAGACACGAACCCCGAGACGUCCUUAAGAACCAUGUUCCCUGGCGCCGGCGAAGCGGUUUCUCGCCGGCGCUGGGUUCCCUUGUCGGCGCUGCUUGUCUCUCCUACCUUUGUUCUCCUGUACUUCUUCUUCACUGGGUUUCCGGCAUGUUUCUCUUUGAUUUUCGGAGGAAUGAGAUCUCAACGGACUUCAACACGAAGACGAGUGCUACAGUUCUUUGGCGUAGUCUUUCCGGCGACUCUUUCACUCCGAUUGGUCUCUGAUUCGGUGAUGCGUCGAGAGGGCUCUCUCACCACCGCUCUGUUUAGGUUCACGGCGAGUAUUCCCGUCGGAUCUACCUCUGGCUGUUGUAGAUCAAGUCUUGAUGUCGACUUUGUCCAAGCCAUUAAACCGCCUAUGGAGCUCAAUUUUCAACCGACGAGCUCUCUCUUUCCAUCUCUGGGAAGACCUGAGCCCAACAUCUCACCGUGGUUUGCUCCUUUCCAGUCAUACAGCACCAGAUCUACAAGUUUCACGAGAGUAGAUUCGAACUUCAUCGGCAGCUCUUCAUUAUCUCCACUGCUCAAAGUGAAGCCAUUUUCCCCGGCGUGUAUCCUCUCCAGCGACUGUACGGUUCAUCUCCGGCGUAGCUUAUCCGGUGUCUUCUCUUCCGAUACCGAGGUACAGUCCAGAUCCGUCGCGUUUCUUUCCAGUUCGACAGCAAAGUGUGAGCUGUCUGUUCAGUUUGAUUGGGCCUGGCCCAUAUGUGUUACAAAGUCUGGAAGUUCAAGUUUAAUUGUUCUAGAGCCCAUAAGUAUUGAAGUGGGUUCACCUGGCCUUGGUUUCACGACCGAGUACCUUUUAUCACCAUACCUUCUUUCCAUGAAAGGAGAUGUUUCCUUGGAUUAUUUGGGUAUGUAA